AUGGAAGGUGGUGCCGGUAAUAACUGUUUCAAGUUAAAGAUGAUUUUAGCAACAUUUUGCUUCUUCUUCAUGAAGUUGAGGAUGGGUUUAGGUGAUAUUGGAGAGCAGCCAUUGUCCAAGAUUGCCAUUCACAAAACCAUUCUUGCUCUCCACACUUCUGCUUCCAUUACAGCUUCCCCAUUUCUGCUUGGAAAUAAGGAGGAGGAUACAGAAUGGGUGACAGUAGAACUUGAGUCCCCUGAACCUGCCAUUGAUGAUUGGGUUGGAGUUUUUUCUCCUGGAAACUUAAAUUUAUCAACAUGUCCACCAAUCCCCGGUGGCACCGGCAAAGAAGAGACUCCAUAUAUAUGCUCAGCCCCAAUAAAGUAUAAGUAUGCCAACGACUCCAAUCCUAAAUAUAAAAAGACAGGAAAAGCUACUUUGAAGUUCCAGCUGAUCAAUCAACGUGCAGAUUUCUCCUUUGCACUAUUUUCAGGUGGACUGUCCAAUCCUAAAAUUGUGGCAGUUUCGAACUUCAUCGCGUUUGCAAAUCCUAAAGCACCUGUGUAUCCACGCCUUGCUCAAGGGAAGUCUUGGAAUGAAAUGACAGUUACCUGGACAAGUGGAUAUGACAUAGAUGAAGCUGUACCCUUUGUGGAAUGGGGUCCAAAGGGCGGAAGACAGGUGCAAUCUGCUGCAGGAACAUUGACAUUUAAUCGUAACAGCAUGUGUGGUGAACCAGCACGAACUGUUGGCUGGCGUGAUCCUGGUUUUAUACACACGAGUUUCCUUAAAGAACUUUGGCCAAAUAUGAGGUACACUUACAGGUUGGGGCAUUUCUUGUCCGAUGGUUCUUAUAUAUGGAGUAAGAGAUACUCGUUCAAGGCAUCGCCGUAUCCUGGCCAGAACUCAUUGCAACGUGUCAUCAUAUUUGGUGACAUGGGAAAGGCUGAGCGUGAUGGUUCAAAUGAAUAUGCUAAUUACCAACCUGGUUCACUUAACACCACAGACCAGCUCAUCAAGGAUUUAGACAACUUUGACAUUGUUUUCCACAUAGGAGAUCUUCCAUAUGCAAAUGGAUACAUCUCACAGUGGGACCAAUUCACAGCUCAAGUGCAAGAAAUUUCUUCGACAGUUCCAUAUAUGAUAGCAAGUGGAAAUCAUGAACGUGAUUGGCCAAACACAGGAUCCUUCUUUGACACUCGGGAUUCAGGUGGCGAAUGCGGAGUUCCUGCAGAAACCAUGUACUAUUACCCUGCUGAGAACAAAGCCAAAUUCUGGUAUGCAACAGAUUAUGGAAUGUUUCGUUUCUGUAUAGCGGACAGUGAGCAUGACUGGACAGAAGGAUCAGAACAAUACAAAUUUAUUGAGCAUUGCCUUGCAACAGUAGAUAGAAAACAACAACCAUGGUUAAUCUUUUCGGCACAUCGUCCCCUCGGUUACUCCUCUAAUGCUUGGUAUGCCAAGGAGGGCUCAUUUGAAGAGCCCAUGGGAAGGGAAAGUUUGCAGGGGCUUUGGCAAAAGUACAAAGUAGACAUUGCAUUUUAUGGUCAUGUACAUAACUAUGAAAGAGUAUGCCCCAUUUAUCAGAACCAAUGUGUGAAUAAGGAAAAAUCUCAUUACUCUGGCACUGUGAAUGGAACAAUUCAUGUGGUUGUUGGUGGAGGGGGAAGUCACUUGUCAGACUUCACCACAGCACCCCCUGUUUGGAGUCUUUUCAGGGAUAGAGACUACGGUUUUGGCAAACUGACAGCAUUCAAUCACUCAUAUCUCUUGUUUGAGUACAAGAAAAGUAGUGAUGGAAAGGUCUACGACUCUUUUACCAUUUCCAGGGACUAUAGAGAUGUCUUGGCCUGUGUGCACGAUGGUUGUGAGAAAACCACCUUGGCAGCCUGA